CGACAGAGCGCACUGCACAUUCCAGUAGUGGGUGUCUGUGGAUGCGCGCGGACCUGAUGGAUUAGCGGACCGAACCUCAGCGAUGUAGGAGUAUUCAGGGACUCAUAUAGGAAUUCAAUGGACAUGACUGUUUUGGCGCGUAAAUAAGGCUUCUGGCAGCAGGUGACCAGCGAGGACACAUCAUGGGCGAAGAAAGUUUCAUUAAACACAUCCAGAGGGACGUGGAAACCACUUUAGUGCCGCUGUCAGAGACCACCGAGUGGCUGGAGGAUGGAAACGAGACGAUGGGAAACCAGUUUCAGCAGCCCGACUGGCAGGUGGCGAUGUGGGCGAUUGCCUACUCCCUCAUCAUCUUGGUGUCCAUCACUGGAAACGCCACCGUCAUCUGGAUCAUUCUGGCCCACCGACGCAUGAGGACCGUCACCAACUACUUCAUCGUCAAUCUGGCUUUCUCUGACGUUUCCAUGGCGACCUUCAACACGCUCUUCAACUUCGUCUACGCGCUCCACAACGACUGGUACUUUGGCCUGGGCUACUGCCGCUUUCAGAACUUCUUCCCCAUCACUGCCAUGUUCUCCUCCAUUUACUCCAUGGCGGCCAUCGCAGUGGACAGGUACAUGGCCAUCAUCCACCCACUGAAGCCUCGCCUCUCUUCCACCUCCACGAAGGUGGUGAUUGCCCUCAUCUGGGUGGUCGCCGUCUUGCUGGCCUUCCCUCAGUGCUACUACAGUGUCACCAGGUUCUACUACCCCAGGACCGUCUGCAUGGUCGACUGGCCCGAUGACUACGGAGGAACCCAUCAGCUGAGUUACCAGUUUGCGGUCAUCUUGCUGAUCUACCUGCUCCCUCUGCUGGUGAUGCUGGUGACCUACAGCCUGGUCGGUCAGUCUCUGUGGGGAAGUCACAUUCCUGGAGAAGCUUCAGACCAUUACCACAGCCAGAUCACAGCCAAGCGGAAGGUGGUGAAAAUGAUGGUUGUGGUGGUGGUGACUUUCGCUCUGUGCUGGCUUCCGUACCACGUUUACUUCAUCCUGGGCUCUUUCAACAGAGACAUUUACAAGCAACAUUACAUCCAGCAGGUGUAUCUGUCCAUCUUCUGGUUGGCCAUGAGCUCCACCAUGUACAAUCCCAUCAUCUACUGCUGCCUUAAUCAAAGGUUCCGCGCCGGUUUCCGCCGCGCCUUUUCCUGGUGUCCCUUCAUCAAAGUGUCCGAGGAGGACAAGAUGGAGCUGCAGCACACGCACACCUUCCGGGUGACCAUGAGCCGCAGCCACCGCCACGACAGCUCCUUCGCACACGCCUCCGUCAAAGCUCACAAAGCUAGCAUUAGCGCGGAGCACAGCGCGGAGAGGGAGCAGGCCAAGCAGGUGAGGGCUGAGGCGGGGAAACAAGGGAGCGGAGCCACAUCCAGUGCUGGGGAACAAAACCACUGCCCCCUGCUGGGAGCCAUGCCAGACGCGAAUAAAAGCAACAGUUUGCUCUGCUACUGUAAAUAAACCAGGUUUGCUACGCAACUUCAAGGAUUACAACACAGUGUCCAGGCGUGGAGAAGACAAGCUAGUGGACACAUGCUGCUAUGAAAAAAAAAUGUAUGGAAAAUGCUCUGCACAAGGACAAAGCAAAAGCAGCUUCUCCUCAUCUGGUCUCCUGAAACCCACCCUUGGACAGAGACCCUCAUGACGCUUGUCAAGACUCACCGAAGGGAAGGUGUUUCUGCCUCAGAACCUUUAGAACAGCUCACUGCUCUACCACCAUCUACGUUGCCAGAUCCUGCAGCCAUGAAUGUCUCCACGCUUUGCUGCAUCUGCCUCACAACAGCAUCAAAUUUAGAUUUUGUAUCGCUUCACGAUCAGGUGGGAACUUUUCCAGGAAGUUACCCAUGUAUCCAGGGUUGCUAAAGCAAGCUCCACCAGGAAGUGGGAGGCUCCAGUGAGGCCACAGUUCCUGUGAUCAGCAAGAGAACAAGGGUGUCAGCCGUGGAAUAUCCAGACAUGAGCUGCAUCUUCAAUAAGUCGGUCACCUGUUGAUGGCGCCACCACAUGGAUGGGAGGGAGAGAGACCUCCUGAUGGACAACCACCAUGAUCACAAUCCGCCAGGUGGACUGGCCACGGCUUUGAUGACUGACUGUCAACGUUUGAAUCUACCUCAUCGCAACUUGGAAUGAACUCUGCUGAGUCGCUGUGUCAUUGCAACCAUCUUCGCGGUGCCUCACAAGACCUUCACCCAAAGCUAAACAGAACUCACUCAGGCAUUCAUUCAUUCGUUCAGAUGGUUGUCAUGACAGCCUUGUUGCAGGUCGGACUGGGAUCAAUCCAAGUCACGGUUCGGACUUGUAUAUAAAGCGUCCAUGUUGUUGAUAUUAUACUAAAAAACAUGUUUCUAGUGGUGUCCAGUGCAAGAUCUCCUUCUUAAAUCUGUGCGUCGAGUUGAGUUUAUUUGGAAUAACGGAUCAAACAGGGUCACGAAUACCAGCUGCUGGUGAUAUACAAUGUUGUGUUUGAAGUGCAUUGAUGUAAGCGAUGUUGAAAAAGCGUAUUUGUUGUUUACUUGUAAAGACAGAGGGUAUUGUAUCGUCCUAGCUGGAGCUGAGACGCUUGGUUUUUGCAUUUUCCUCAAUGUCGCUUUCAGAGUUUGGUCUUUGGGAGGACAGUUUUGAUGUGGUGAAAGAAGAGUCUUGGUGUCACCAGAGUCGACACGGCGUUGGCUAUUCUGCCACACGACCUGCUGCGUGUGAUGUUAAGUGUUCAGUGUGUGCUGUGAUGUGUCCAUCCGUUUACAUCGGAAUCUGGAAA